CCAGGCUGCGUAGGAAGCGGGCGAGGUCCUUCGCGCAGGAAAGCCCCGCGCGGCGCGUGGAGUCUGAACGCGCAGCUUGUCAUAUUCCCAUUUGGCCUGUGUUUGGAGUGCAUUUCAAGAAACAGCACCGUGGUCAAGCCCACAGAUUAUGGGUCCCAUUCUAGCCCUGGGACACAUCCUUCCUCUUCAGCCCCCUUGUCUGUGGAAUGGCACCUGCCUUGUAGGGCAUCUUUGAGGUUCUGGCUGUACUUCUCGAAGCCGAGGAACAUUCUUGGAGCUCAGAAGCAGAAGGACCUGGCUUCUGGUUUUUGGAUUUGCGUGCUUGCUGGUUCUGGGGCCUGCUGGACACGUUCCUAUAACCUAGGACUCAGGGCACCUUUGUGUCCCCAAUGGGGCGGCUUUGUACCAAGUUCCUGAUCUCUGUGAGCUGUCUGAUUUUGCUGUGGGUGGCUGGCUGUGAGAGCAUCCAGGUCCUGGGUGAGCCCACCUGCUUCUCUGACUACAUCCGCACUUCUACGUGUGAGUGGCACCUGGAUCGCACCGUGGACUGCAGUUCUCAGCUCCGCCUGGACUACAGGCUGCUCUUCGAGUUCUCCGUAAACCUCACAUGCAUCCCCAACAACAGCGCCAGCACCGUGUGUGUAUGCCAAAUGAACAUAGAUGAGCCGACCCAAGCAGAUGAGUACCAGUUGGAGCUGUGGGCGGAGCAGCGGCAGCUGUGGCAGGGCUCCUUCAUUCCCAGUAAUAAUGUGAAGCCUCCAGCUCCAGACAACCUCACACUCCACACCAAUGUCUCCAAAACAUGGCUGCUGACAUGGAGCAACCCAUACCCACCAAACAACUUCCUGUACAAAGAGCUCCUCUACAUGGUCAACAUCUCCAGAGAGGACAACCCUGCAGAAUUUGUAGUCUAUAACGUGACCUACACGGAACCCAGGCUGAGCUUCCCGAUCAACAUCCUGAGGUCAGGGGUGUACUACAGGGCACGUGUGAGGGUCUUAGCGCAGAGCAUCAGCGGCACCUGGAGUGAGUGGAGUCCCAGCAUCACGUGGUACAACGAAUUCCAGCCUCCCCUGAUACAGCGACUCCGGCUGGGAGUCAGCAUCUCCUGCGUCUGCAUCCUGUUCUCUUGCCUGUUCUGUUACUUCAGCAUUAUCAAGAUUAAGAAGAUAUGGUGGGACCAGAUUCCCACCCCAGCACGAAGUCCCUUGGUGGCCAUCAUCAUUCAGGAUACACAGGUGCCCCUCUGGGAAAAGCAGACCCGAAGCCAGGAGUCAACCAAGUACCCGCGCUGGAAGACCUGUCUAACCAAGCUGUUGCCUUGCUUGCUGGAGCACAGAGUAAAGAAGAAGACAGAAUCCCCAAAGGCUGCCCAAACCAAGCCUCUCCAGAGUCCUAGAAAGGCAGGCUGGUGUCCUGUGGAGGUCAGCAGGACUGUCCUCUGGCCAGAGAAUGUUAGUGUCAGUGUGGUGCGCUGUAUGGAGCUGUUUGAGGCCUCAGUACAGAGUGUGGAGGAGGAGGAAAAUGAGAUGGUCAAAGAGGACCUGAGCAUGUCACCUGAGAACAGCGGAGGCGGCUUCCAGGAGAGUCAGGCAGACAUCAUGGCCCGGCUCACUGAGAACCUGUUUUCAGACUUGUUGGAGGCCGAGAAUGGGGGCACUGGCCAGUCAGGCUUGGCAGAGUCAUGCUCCCCUCUGCCUUCAGAAAGCGGGCAAGCUUCUAUGUUUUGGCCCUGCUUCUCUGUGGGGCCCAGUGAGGCCGCGUGCCAAGUCACAGAGCAGCCUUCACACCCACACACUCUUUCAGGCAGCCCAGCCCAGAGUGCCACUAACCUGGCCUGCACACAGGUCCCACUUGUCCUUGCAGACAAUCCUGCCUACCGGAGUUUUAGUGACUUCAGCAGCCCGGCCCCAAAUCCUGGAGAGCUGGCUCCUGAAGAACAGCAGGCUGGACAUCUGGAAGAAGGGGGCCCUUCAAGCCCGGUUGACCCCCAUUCUUCAGGGCCAACUGAAGCAGAGAGCUGGGAGCAGAUUCUUCACAUGAGUGUCCUGCAGCACAGGACAGCUGGCUCCCCCCAAGCCCCUACUGGUGGCUACCAGGAGUUUGUGCAGGCAGUGAAGCAGGGAGCUGCCCAGGAUCCUGGGGUGCCUUCUGGAGACACUGGUUACAAGGCUUUCUCAAGCCUGCUCAGCAGCAAUGGCAUCCACAUGGACACAGUAGCAGCAGGGACUGACAGUGGGCAUGGAGGCUACAAGCCCUUCCAGAACCCUGUUCCUAACCAAUCCCCUAGCUCCAUGCCCUUAUUCACGUUCGGACUGGACACGGAGCCCCCACGCAGUCCUCCGAACUCUGCUCCACCCAAGAGCACCCCAGAAUGCCUUGGUCUGGAGCUGGGGCUCAAAGGAGGUGAUUGGCGGAAGGCCCCUCCUCCUGCAGAUCAGGCACCCAGCCCCUCUGGGGAUGACCUGAGCCUUGGCAUUGUGUACUCGUCCCUCACCUGCCACUUGUGUGGCCACCUGAAGCAACACCACAGCCAGGAGGAAGGUGGGCAGAGCCACGUCGUCACUAGCCCUGGCUGUGGCUGCUGCUGUGAUGACAGAUCACCAUCCCUGGGGAGCCUCUCGGGGGCCUUGGAAAGCUGUCCUGAGGAAAUGCCAAUGGAAGCCAACCCCACCUCAGCACCCAAGACACUCCCAAACUUGACAGGGGAGGGCAAGGCCCCUGGUCACGCUCCUGUUGCCAGCCAGACCACCGGGGUGCCAGUGGGCACCCUGGGCAUUGCUGUUUCCUAGAGGAGUGAGUGAGUGUGCUGUUGUUGCUGAGGUCUGGUGCUGGUGCCAGGGUUCCUCUGAGCCAGGAAAGUGCUUCCUGGGAGACAGCCCAGCUGGCAGGUUUCCCAGAAAUCCAGAGAAUGGUGAAUUGAAGAUGUGAACUUGGCCUGACCCUGGAAGCUCAGAGCCUGGUUGUCUCCUCUAGCACACUGACUGGCCUGGGCUGUCCUCCCUCACAAGGGAUUCAGGGGCUCACUGUGCUUUGUCCCAUAGCUGUGCUGACGUCCCUAAGCUCUGGGCCCUCCUAGCUGUCAUUGUCCUACCUGCUCCGGCCCAUUUUGUCCACCAAGUAGACCUGUGGCCCAAGGCUCACAGCAGUCCUGGCAUAGCUGCUGGACUCUCCCAGCUGGAUUCUGGGCCUAGAAACUCACAGAUGGCCUGGCAGUGGCCUCAGAGAUCCUAAAAAUUGGAAAAUUUAAGUUGAGAGAGGGCAGGUAUUGCCCCUAAGGAGGCCAUUCAUUGAACAGCUUGGACUGGGACUAGAGGCAGAGCCUGCUGUCCCAGCUUGGCUCAGUUGUGGAAAGCAACAAGGACACAAACUUGAUUGCCCAAAGUCACUGCCAGUUACCCACAUAUGACCAGAAGCCAGGGCUCCUGGGAUGUGGAAGUGGAAAUCCCAAUAAACAAAUGGAGCUAAAUGGAGCUGCCAGCCAAGGCGAGACCACGAGGGAACUGUGGGGCUGGUCCUGGUUGGUGGCCAGGUGGUAAGGAUAGCAGAUGGCAGACUGCAGUCUAACUGCGUUCUGGAAGACAGGACAAGGCUCAGCACUGUCUGCUCAUGUCCCCACUGUUAUGACACCUAGUCUGUUUGUCAUGAAGACAGGACAGGUCAUGUGAAGCUUUAUGUCAAUAAAGACUCUUUAUCUUGC